GGAGGGUUUGAGCUGCCUCCGGCUCAGCCUCCGUCGCCCACUUUAGACCGACCUGCAUUUAUGUAGCACCUCAGGAUGUGCGAAAGCAUUUCCCAGCCACUUUAUUGAAGUGUAGACUCUGUUGUGAUGGAGGGAACACUGCACAGCUCACAGCAAAGCAAGAGAGAAUGGUUGGAUCAUCUUGUUAUGGAUGUGAUGAUGCUAUCGCGUUAAAAGGUGGACGGGGUCGCGAACUGAGUGAGACGAGAUGCCCAAUCAGACGGCCAAGAUAGCGGAGGCACGGAUGGCCGUGGAGCAGCUGAAGCUGGAGGUCCACAUCGACCGAAUGCAGGUCUCCAAAGCUGCAGCUGAACUCCUGGCGUAUUGCGAGGAACAUGCCAAGGAGGAUCCCCUCGUAACUCCCGUCCCGAACGCUAACAACCCCUUCCGGGACAAGGGAAUGUGUGCCAUCCUGUAGAGCGGCCUCACCUACCUGCAGCCCCACACCCCCUCCGAUCUCUGCCCACCUUGGGAUACAAGGGGUUUGAUCCCAGGCCAUCGAGAGACGGAGGGUCACUGACUAUUACCACAAGAGAGGAAGAUCCAACGCCAGUUCUGGAACUGAGUACAAUUAAAUCGAAAAAUUAAA